AAACGAUACAGUGUGGUUGAAUUAGCUUUACAGAUAAUGCUAAACACUUAAACUCUUCCUUCAGAGUGGCUGAAUUGAUGCUAUUUUGGAAUUGCUAAAACGGGUUUACAGACAGAGCGAUGCCUGAAGACAACAUGGACACACCGUGUAUGGUUACCUGCACGGCUCCUAUGAAUAUAGCUGUUAUUAAAUACUGGGGCAAGAGGGACGAAGAUUUAAUUUUACCCAUCAAUUCAUCUUUAAGCGUCACUCUGCAUCAAGAACAGUUAAAAACAACAACGACAGUUGCAAUCAGCAGAUCCUUUAAGGAGGACAGAUUGUGGCUCAAUGGCAAAGAAGAGGACAUUUCUCAUCCAAGACUUCAGUCCUGCCUGAGAGAGAUCAGAAGAUUAGCAAGGAAGAGACGCAGUGAAAGAAACCCUCGUUCGACUGAGUCCGUGGGACUGUCUCAUAAAGUCCACAUUUGCUCUGUUAACAACUUCCCCACUGCUGCUGGACUGGCCUCUUCAGCAGCUGGCUAUGCAUGUCUGGUUUAUACGCUAGCCCAGGCAUUUGGUGUGGAAGGAGAGCUGUCAGGGAUCGCCCGUCAAGGCUCAGGCAGUGCCUGCAGAAGCAUGUAUGGUGGGUUUGUCCAAUGGAUCAUGGGAAGCAAGGAGGAUGGGAAGGACAGCGUAGCUCAGCAGGUGGAGCCAGAGAGCCACUGGCCGGAACUCAGGGUUCUUGUUCUAGUGGCCAGUGCUGAGCGCAAGCCUAUAGGAAGCACCUCUGGAAUGCAGACCAGCGUACAAACAAGUUUACUGUUAAAGCACCGAGCAGAGGCUAUCGUUCCACAUCGAAUGGUAGACAUGAUCGAGGCAGUGCGAAGAAAGGACUUUCCUGCUUUCGCAGAGCUAACCAUGAAGGAAAGCAACCAGCUUCAUGCUACCUGCCUUGACACACACCCACCUAUCUUCUACCUCAACAGUGUCUCCCAGCAUAUCAUCCACUUGGUGCAUCGUUAUAACAAAUACUACGGGGAGACAAGGGUGGCCUACAGCUUCGAUGCUGGUCCCAAUGCUGUGAUCUUUGCUUUGCAGCAGUUUGUUCCAGAGUUUGUCCAGUUGGUUCAACACUUCUUUCCCCCAGACAGAAAUGGAGAAGAUUUUAUUAAAGGUCUUCCAGUCAAGUCUGCUGCUCUUACUGUGGAGCUGAAACAGAGUAUCGGCUUAGAGCCUUUACCAAAGGGAGUGAACUACAUCAUCAGCACAAAGGCUGGGCCAGGCCCUCUUGUUGUCGAGGAUCCUUCUCAGCACCUCCUUUCAGCAGAAGGUCUACCAAAGAAAAUGGUCUGAGUAGCUUCUACUGUGAAGAAAUGUCCUCUGCUCUGCAGCAAAGGGUCUUACUCACCAAAUCAGACAUUAAAACAUUGAAGAAUUUCAUUUCUAAUUUUGUCAAUUAUUGUUUCCAAUUGUUCUCUGAUUGCUCAAAUGUACCUGUAUAGAUUUUAUUGUAUCUAUUAGAACCUUCAAAAUUACAUUAAAAAAAAAAUCUGAUGACAGUUUUGCAUUUAUUUUUCGUUGCUGUUCAUUUUAAUGUGUAGAUGCCGCCAUGUUUUAACUCUCUUUUUCUAGGACAAAUUUUAAAUAUAAUAUAUCUUAAUUUUUGAUGCUUCUUAACAAUUAUUAUCAAGUUCUGUGUUUUCAGAAUCAUUUUCUUUAAGUUUUUUUUUUUUUAAGUUUUCAUACAAAUCAAAACAUACAAAUCUUCCAUUGGCCCAUAAUGUACAUUUUUACUUGGCUUUUUAUGUUCCCGAUGUUGAGAAUCCCUGUAAGACUUGAUGUUUCAAUGUUUGCAGGGUGACACGUUUCUAUUCGGAUAAACAUUUGUUUAAUUUAUACCCUUAAAUUGUAACUUAAUGUAAAGAUUUCAGAAUAUUAAUAUUUGUAUAGUAAGGAAUGAAAUUAAUGCAUUUAUAAUGAGAAAUAUGUUAAGUUUUAUAUUUAGCAUAGUUUUUUUUUGUGAAAAGAUGACAACAGUUCUUUUUCUUCAAUUUAGCUCCAUCAGAUU